AUGCCCGCUCCCGUCGAGCAGGAAGACCAGCCCCAUGCUCACAUCGAGCUCGUGGACGACAACCCCUCCCCCAGAGCAGAGGGCGAGCCGAGUCCCGGCUUGAGGAACAGCAAGGGUUGGGACGGCAAGUUGCGUGUGCCGAAGAACGCUCUCCUCGCAAACCCAGAGGCCUUGUCCGACCCGGAAUACUCAGACGAGGACAAUGUCGUGCCCGGCGAGGAAAUCGAGCCUGACGAAGAUCUUCUCGACGGCGAAGACUCGGAUACGGACGAGCUGAUCUGCACCCACUCAAGAAUCCAGUCCAUCCCCAACCUCCGGCUGGAGCGGUUCAAGAACGUGGCCCGGCUAUGUCUCAGGCAGAACGGAAUCCAAGAUAUCGAAGGGUUGGAGUGCCUCGCCGAGACCCUCCAGGAGUUAGACCUCUACGAUAACCUCGUCGCUCAUGUGCGGGGGCUAGACCAGCUCACACGCCUAACGUCGCUCGAUCUCAGUUUCAACAAAAUCAAACACAUCAAACAUAUCAGCCACCUGAAGGACCUCACAGAGCUGUUCUUUGUCGCGAACAAGAUCAGCACGAUAGAGAACCUGGAGGGGCUGGACAAGCUACGCAUGCUAGAACUCGGGUCCAACCGAAUUCGCGAGAUACAAAACCUCGACUCCCUCAAGGAGCUGGAAGAGCUAUGGCUGGCGAAGAACAAGAUCACCGAGCUGAAGGGCCUGGGCGGGCUGCCAAAGCUGAAGCUCCUCAGCAUCCAGUCCAACAGGAUCCGCGAUCUUUCGCCACUCGCCGAGGUUCCGACGUUGGAAGAGCUGUACAUCUCGCACAACGCCCUGGAGUCCGUCGCCGGUCUGGAGCAGAACACCAAGCUGCGCGUCCUCGAGAUUUCAAACAACCAGGUGAAGAGCCUCAAGGGCCUGGCUCCCCUGAAAGAGCUGGAAGAGCUCUGGGCCAGCUACAACCAGAUAAGCGACUUUGCCGAGGUAGAGAGAGAGCUCAAGGACAAGGAGAACUUGACGACUGUCUACUUCGAAGGCAAUCCGCUGCAGCUCCGCGGCCCGGCCGUGUAUCGCAACAAGGUGCGCCUUGCGUUACCGCAGGUACAGCAGAUUGACGCAACAUAUGUCCGGGUAUGA